AUGGUGGCACGCCUUCCGUGGACGGUGUCGAGAUGGACCGCGCCAGGUCGACCGGGUGCGCGUGGAACCUUGGAACGGGAAGGGCGGGGUGUUCGCAUCAGUUUCGAAGUUUACCCGAGCAUCGAGUUGAUCAUCGGCAGUGAGGAGCUGAGCCAGCUGCCACGGCUGCGAGCUGCCCUGAUGGAAACCUUGAGGCUCUAUCCGGAGCCACCGUUGUUGAUCCGCCGCUGCGUGGGCGGCGACGACGUGCCAGUGGGUCCUUUGUGCAAAGACGUGAUCGGAGACACCGUGAGCUUCUUGCCGGGCCAGGACAUCUUCAUCUCCACUUGGUCGCUGCAACGCUCGAUGACUCUUUGGGGCGAGGACGCCAAUAGCUUCAACCCACACCGCUGGAAGGAGAGCAUCCCUGGCAAGGGUGGCUGGCUGGGCUUCGAACCAGAGAAGGUGGCCAGCUACGUGAGCGAACGCGCGACCGACUAUGCCUUCUUGCCCUUUGGAGCUGGGUCGCGCAAGUGCGUGGGCGACCAGUUUGCCAUCCUGGAGGCUGAGGCGGUGCUGGUGGCGUUGCUGCAACGUUUCGAGUUCAAGGUGCCCGAGCAACGGGGCGAGGUCGAGAUCACCACCGGAGCGACGAUCCACACGGCAGGUGGCCUCUUCGCCAAUGUGACUCCGCGCACCGACCAACGCGCGCGGAAGAACGGCCAAGGCCGAAAGCCCGUGAGCACCGAAGGCUAUGCGCGGAUGGAGAAGAAGCUCUUGGGUAGCGUGGCGCAACGCAUCCAACCGGAAGCCCUGGUGGUGCCUACUGCGCGGGAGCUGCGGAUGCUCUUCACCGCCCAAAAGGAGGACGUCCGUAAGCUGGCCGAUGCGCCUGAGCUCGAGGAUGCACUGGAGAAGGCCUACAAGCAAUGUCAGGAAAUUACCAAGGAGUAUUCCAAGACGUUCUACUUAGGCUCGCAGCUCUUGGACAAAGACGAGCAGCGCGUAGUUUGGGCCAUCUAUGACUGGUGCCGAAGUACUGAUGAGCUGGUGGAGACCUGGAUAAAAAUGGAUCGGAUAUGGCAAAGGAUGAGUGGACUAGUGACUAUGAGUGGACAGUUCCGGGAAUGA